GUCAUUGGAGGAAGUUCGGUUUGUUGAGACGCAUUUAUUCGUUAGUGGUUUUGCGCUUGAAAAUGUUUGAAUUACUAAAUUUUAAUUAAACUCAAGUCAACUCAAAAAGUCAAUAGAAAACAAUUGAGUAUUAUUUACAGCGGCAAGUGUGUUUCGAUUUUUUUUUGAGUCAAACGCUGCGCCCACAUCUGUCGCCAGUGGUUUCCACAAGAUAAUGAACUGUAACUAAUCCAUGCGAAUCUUAAAGAACAUUCAUCAUAACGGCAACAAAAUAUAUUCAAAAUGUGCCUUUCGACACCCAUCGCUGCCGGUUCGGAGGGCAAUGCAACUACAAAGUCUAUAGUCUGUGCGAACGGCAGUUGUUUGAACAACAACAACAAUAACAAUAAUAAUAAUGUUUGCACACUGAGUGCCGCGCGAUGCAGUGAAAGUGAUGACAAUGCAAAUGGUGUCAGUAUUAGAAAUAGAAUAUGCCACAAGCAAAAACAAUGCACAAUCAACGGUAAAGCUACAGCAACAAGUGUUACCAACGAAGAAAAGGAACAAUCCAAAGAGUUAGUUGAUAACUUAGGUUAUAAAGAAGAAAAUGCUGUCUACAAAGAAAUUCCACACACAGCAGAAUCGAAGGAAGGGUUACAAAUAAAAGCGUCCAGCGAGCCCGAGUAUAACCCACAGAUCAGGUGGCCAGAUUUGAUAGCCCAGAUCUUUUUACAUGGCGGCUCCUUGUAUGGAAUCUAUCUGCUGUUCCAAGCGAAUUUCUACACAUUUUUGUGGGUGAUUGUCAAUGUUUGGUGCUCGGGCAUUGGUAUCACCGCUGGAGCCCAUCGCCUCUGGUCACAUAAAUCCUACAGCGCCUCUUUGCCAUUGCGCAUCUUACUGAUAUUCCUUUUCACUAUCGCCGGACAGCGCGAUGCAUACACAUGGGCGCUGGACCAUAGGAUACACCACAAAUUUUCCGAAACGGAUGCCGAUCCGCACAAUGCCAAUCGAGGCUUUUUCUUUGCGCAUGUCGGCUGGCUCUUCUUGACGCCACAUCCGAAAGUGAUUGAAAAGCGCAAAGUCAUCGACAUGUCGGAUUUGGAGAAUGAUAAAGUGGUCAUGUUCCAACGCAAAUACUACAUACCGCUCUUUGCCUUGUUGUCGAUCGCUUUGCCUGUGCUUGUGCCCUGCUAUUUCUGGAAAGAGAAUUGGUGGAUAUCGUUUUGGAUAAACUUCAAUCUGCGUUUUACCUGCACACUGAAUGCUGCUUUUUUCGUAAACAGUGUUGCACAUAUGUGGGGCAGAAAGCCGUACGACAAAAAUAUCAGUUCGGUGGAGAGCCGAUUUGUGGCUUUCUUGGCAUUGGGCGAGGGUUGGCAUAAUUAUCAUCACGUUUUUCCAUGGGACUACAAGACCGGCGAGUUCGGCAGCUACAAAUUGAACGUCACGACUGCCUUUAUUGAUUUCUGUGCGAAAAUAGGCUGGGCCACUGGAAGAAAGUCAGUCUCUCCUGAUAUGAUUAAACGUCGCGCUGCCAAGUGUGGGGAUGGUUCACUCUUUCUCACCGACGAAUUCGCUCAUAAGGACCAAGUGUGGGGCUUCGGAGAUCGGGACAUACCAAAAGAAGAUGCCAAUGAAUUGGCUAAAAUGAAGUGAGCUACGCAAUCGUAAAUAAUGGAUUUGUAAAUGGAGGCUCUUGAAAUAUUUCGUAUUAACUUCGACAUUCGUUCAAAUUUUUAUGUUAAUUAGACUUAAGUGUCGUACAAGUUUUAGAAAGGAAAAAAAUAUACUUAAAUACAUAUACACACACAAAUGUAUAUUUUGACGUAAUUUAAGCUUUAUUGACAUCCAGUGCUUGCUAUGUGUAACAUACAUAAUUGCCUUUAAUUUUACUUAUAUGUGAAUACUCGGUGUAUAAAUGUGACCAUCUAAAAACUUUAAAUAUUUUCAUGCAUUUGCGCACCUACUUGAGUAUUUCCUUAGUGCUUUAUACUAUUUUUAAAAAGUAAGAGUGUAAUCGCUGCAGCUGCUACCAAAUCUACGGAAUGAAUAACAAUAAAAAUGUACCUUGAGCUGGA